CGGCUGCUGCCAGCACACAGCUCUCGGCAUCAGGAGCAGCAUCUCCCCGGCAUGUCUCCCCCCAGCACCGCCGCUCCAGACUGGGGGGCUGCGAGCCCACAUCACUGACCCCCCGUCCGUCCUAGCGGUGCCUGGGCCAGGAUGCAGAGAGGCAGCAGCAGCGAUACCGGCUCUCCGAGGGGCUGUCAUACAAUGCUGGGGAUCAGGUAAUAGCCCACCACAGCCAGGAGACUACAGAGACCCCAUCACUGGAGACCCCAAUAUUACUACAGAGAGACCCCCAUCACUGGAGACCACAAAAUUACUGCAGAGAUACCCCACCAUCACUGGAGACCCCAAUAUUACUACAGAGAGACCCCCACCAUCACUGGAGAACCCAAUAUUGCUACAGAGAGACCCCCACCAUCACUGGAGACCCCAAUAUUACUACAGAGAGACCCCCACCAUCACUGGAGAACCCAAUAUUACCACAGAGAGACCCCAUCACUGGAGACCCCAAUAUUACUACAGAGAGAACCCAUCACUGGAGACCCUGAUAUUACUACAGAGACACCCCAUCACUGGAGACCCCAAUAUUACUACAGAGAGACCCCCCAUCACUGGAGAACCCGAUAUUACUACAGAGAGAACCCAUCACUGGAGACCCCGAUAUUACUACAGAGAGAACCCAUUACUGGACACCCCAAAAUUACUACAGAGAGAGAGAGACCAUCCUCACCAGAGACCCCAAUAUUACUACAAACGGACCCCCUUCACUGGAGACCCCCUACUGACUUCAUUACUGGAGACAGACCUCAAUAUUACUAGAGAGAGACCCCACUUAUCAGUGGAGUGACAGAUCCCUAAUACCACUAUAGAGAAAGACCCCCCUCACUUAACAGACAUUCCUCCAACCAACCACUGGAAACCCCCUGUGCCUUCAUUACUGGAGAGACAGACCCCCAAUAUUACGAGAGAGAGAGCACCCCUUCGCUGGACACAGACCCCCCUCCACUACUGGAGACUACCCCAAUAUUACUAGAGAGAGCACCCUGUAACUGCACCCAGAACCUCCCAAAUUCAGACCCAGAUACCCCCUCCAAUGACUUAAGACAGAACUGGAGACAGACCCCACAGUCUCUAGAGACAGACCCCAAUAUUAUUAGUAAGAACACCCCAGAACUAGAGACAGAACGCCCAUUACAUCUCAUUACUGGACAGAGACCUCCUCACCCCAUUAAUGGACACAGAUCCCCCUUCCACAGGAGACAAUCCCUAAAAUUGCUAGAGAGAGCACCCAUCACUAGAGAUAGAGAACCCCCCAACUCCCCUCAUCACUGGACUACCCCAACAGAUCACCCCCAACACCGAGACAGCAGCCCCCCAUUACCAGAGACAUCUCCACAGUCACUUGACACUCCCUACCCUCCAUACCUGAACAGAGACUCUUCUUACUGGACACAACCCCUUCUAACCUGGGCCCUCACACCUUUAUUGGGCCUCAUCUCCCCUGGACCGUAACAACCACCAACCCCACAGAUUUGGGUCAGACCUGGAUCCCUGGACACGGCCUUCUCUGGAGGAUUAACCUGGAACUUUUUUUUUUAUAUUCUUAAAUGGUCAAUGAAAGCCAGAGGAUGUAUAUGUCCGAAGGAGACCAUCCAGGUUCUAACUAUACAAAUCCUCUUCCAGCGUUGGGUACCAUGAACUCUACCACGGGCCUGGCGACGGAGCACAUUGCAUCUCCGGGUGCCGCUCUCUCAUGGCAGGCCGCCAUCGACGCUGCUCGGCAGGCCAAAUUAAUGGGCAGCGCCGCCAACGCCACCAUAUCCACGGUCAGUUCCACGCAGAGGAAGAGGCAGCAGUACAACAAACAGAAAAAGCAGGGGGCCACAUCAGCAACGCGGCCCCCGCGGGCGCUACUCUGUCUCACCCUUAAAAACCCCAUCCGUCGAGCCUGUAUCAGCAUCGUGGAGUGGAAACCUUUUGAAAUCAUUAUUUUACUGACUAUUUUUGCCAAUUGUGUGGCCUUAGCUGUGUAUAUCCCCUUCCCAGAGGACGACUCCAACGCGACAAACUCCAACUUGGAACGGGUAGAAUAUCUUUUCCUCAUCAUUUUCACAGUGGAAGCUUUCCUAAAAGUCAUUGCAUACGGACUUCUUUUCCACCCCAACGCUUACCUCCGAAACGGCUGGAACUUGCUGGAUUUUAUCAUUGUAGUUGUUGGGCUUUUUAGUGCAAUUUUAGAGCAAGCGACGAAGGCUGAUGGCGGAAGUGCUCUCGGAGGGAAAGGGGCUGGAUUUGACGUGAAGGCACUGCGAGCAUUUAGAGUACUCAGACCCCUGCGACUGGUUUCCGGGGUACCUAGUCUCCAGGUGGUGCUGAACUCCAUCAUUAAGGCCAUGGUGCCGUUGCUACACAUCGCGCUCCUGGUGCUGUUUGUGAUCAUAAUCUACGCCAUCAUCGGUCUGGAGCUCUUUAUGGGGAAAAUGCACAAGACCUGCUACUACCUGACCAACAGAGAUGUUCCCACAGAGGAGGAGCCCUCGCCCUGCGCUCUCAAUAGCAAUAAUGGCCGACACUGCCCCAACGGGACCGUCUGCGAAUCUGGCUGGGACGGCCCAAAGCACGGCAUCACUAACUUUGACAACUUUGCGUUCGCCAUGCUCACUGUCUUCCAAUGCAUCACCAUGGAGGGCUGGACGGAUGUGCUGUACUGGAUGCAGGACGCUAUGGGGUACGAGCUGCCCUGCGUCUACUUUGUCAGCCUGGUUAUCUUUGGAUCGUUCUUCGUACUGAACCUGGUUCUGGGUGUGCUGAGCGGAGAGUUUUCCAAGGAGAGGGAGAAGGCCAAAGCGCGGGGGGACUUCCAGAAGCUGAGGGAGAAGCAGCAGCUGGAGGAAGACCUGAAGGGCUACCUGGACUGGAUCACCCAGGCAGAAGACAUAGACCCUGAGAAUGAAGAUGAGGAUAUUGAUGAGGACAAACCCCGUAACAUGAGUAUGCCGACCAGCGAGACGGAGUCUGUGAAUACCGACAACGUGGGCAGCGGAGACGUGGAGGAGGAGAGCUGCGGCGUACGACUGGCGCACAGGAUUUCCAAGUCUAAAUUUAGCCGUUACUGGCGUCGGUGGAACCGGUUUUGCCGGAGGAAGUGCAGGGCGGCCGUGAAGUCAAACGUGUUCUAUUGGCUGGUGAUAUUUCUGGUGUUCCUGAACACGCUGACCAUCGCUUCUGAGCACUACAACCAACCGGACUGGCUCACAGAGGUCCAAGACACGGCGAAUAAGGUCCUCUUAGCGCUGUUUACGGCAGAGAUGCUCCUGAAGAUGUACAGUCUGGGGCUCCAGGCCUAUUUUGUGUCCCUCUUUAACCGCUUCGACUGCUUCAUCGUCUGUGGGGGGAUCCUGGAGACCAUUUUGGUGGAGACUAAGAUCAUGUCCCCACUGGGGAUUUCGGUCCUGCGUUGUGUGCGUCUCCUCAGGAUAUUCAAGAUCACUAGGUACUGGAAUUCUCUCAGCAACCUGGUGGCGUCCCUGCUGAAUUCUGUGCGCUCCAUCGCGUCUCUGCUGCUCCUCCUCUUCCUCUUCAUCAUCAUCUUCUCCUUGCUGGGCAUGCAGCUCUUUGGAGGCAAAUUCAACUUCGACGAAAUGCAGACCCGCAGGAGCACGUUCGACAACUUCCCCCAGGCACUACUCACCGUGUUCCAGAUCCUGACGGGAGAGGACUGGAAUUCUGUCAUGUAUGAUGGGAUCAUGGCUUACGGAGGACCCUCGUUUCCCGGGAUGCUGGUCUGCAUCUUCUUCAUCAUCCUCUUCAUCUGCGGGAACUAUAUUCUCCUGAAUGUCUUCUUGGCCAUCGCUGUUGACAACCUGGCCGACGCAGAGAGUCUGACCUCCGCCCAGAAGGAGGAGGAGGAAGAGAAGGAGAGGAAGAAGCUGGCACGAACGGCCAGCCCGGAGAAGAAACAGGAGAACGAGAGCUCCGGGAAGUCACCGGUGCCAGCCCUGGAGGAGAACAAGGAGAAGAUAGAGCUGAAGGCGAUUACAGCGGACGGAGAGUCCCCACCUGCGACUAAGAUCAACGUGGAGGAAUUCCCAUCCAACGAGAACGAUGAGAAAUCACCGUACCCCAGCACCAACGAGAUCCCAGGUGAGGAGGAAGAGGAGGAGCCUGAAAUGCCCGUUGGACCUCGUCCUCGCCCUCUUUCUGAAAUGCACAUCAAGGAGAAAGCCGCCCCUAUGCCCGAGGCCACCGCCUUCUUCAUUUUCCGUACAGACAACAAAUUCCGUCUCCGCUGCCACCGAAUCGUCAACAACAACAUCUUCACCAACCUCAUCCUCUUCUUCAUCCUAUUGAGCAGCAUCUCGCUGGCAGCAGAAGACCCCGUACGACACACUUCCUUCAGGAAUCAAGUUCUCUUUUAUUUCGAUAUAGUUUUCACCGCCAUUUUCACCAUAGAGAUAGUCCUGAAGAUUCUAGGGAACGCCGAUUACGUUUUCACUAGUAUAUUUACCUUAGAAAUCAUCCUGAAGAUGACGGCUUAUGGGGCCUUCUUACAUAAGGGUUCGUUCUGCAGGAAUUACUUUAACAUCUUGGACCUGCUGGUGGUCAGCGUCUCGCUCAUUUCUUUUGGAAUACAGUCCAGCGCCAUCAAUGUGGUGAAGAUUUUGCGGGUUCUGCGGGUACUGCGACCGCUCAGAGCCAUCAACAGAGCUAAAGGCCUGAAGCAUGUGGUCCAGUGUGUCUUCGUGGCCAUCCGUACCAUCGGUAAUAUCGUCAUCGUUACCACUCUGCUGCAGUUCAUGUUUGCCUGCAUCGGUGUACAGCUAUUCAAGGGUAAGUUGUACAGCUGCACGGACAGCUCGAAGAUCACCGAGCCCGAGUGCAGAGGGAAGUACAUCACCUACAAGGACGGCGACGUGUCGCAGCCGAUCAUUCAGGAGCGGACCUGGGAGAACAGCAAGUUUGACUUUGAUAACGUCUUGGCAGCGAUGAUGGCGCUUUUCACCGUCUCCACCUUUGAGGGGUGGCCGGAGCUGCUGUAUAGGGCCAUCGACUCCCACACCGAGGACGUAGGUCCCAUCUACAACCACCGAGUGGAGAUUUCCAUCUUCUUCAUCAUCUACAUCAUCAUUAUCGCCUUCUUCAUGAUGAACAUCUUCGUAGGUUUUGUCAUUGUCACCUUCCAGGAGCAGGGUGAGCAGGAGUACAAGAACUGCGAGCUGGACAAGAACCAGCGCCAGUGUGUGGAGUACGCCCUGAAAGCCCGGCCCAUCCGCAGGUACAUACCUAAGAAUCAGUACCAGUACAAGGUGUGGUAUGUGGUCAACUCCACCUACUUCGAGUACCUCAUGUUCGUGCUGAUCCUGCUCAACACCAUCUGUCUGGCCAUGCAGCACUACGGACAGAACUGUUCUUUCAAGGAAGCGAUGAACAUCCUGAAUAUGCUGUUUACCGGCCUCUUCACCGUGGAGAUGAUUCUGAAACUCAUAGCGUUUAAACCAAAGGGUUAUUUUAGUGACCCUUGGAAUGUCUUUGACUUUCUGAUCGUCAUUGGCAGCAUAGUAGACGUCAUUCUCAGCGAGACGAAUAAUCAUUAUUUCUGUGAUGCUUGGAAUACAUUUGAUGCUCUCAUAGUAGUGGGUAGCAUUGUUGAUAUAGCAAUCACCGAACUAAACACAGGUGAACAUUCCCAAUGCCACAAUAUGCAGGGGGAGGAGAACUCCCGAAUCUCCAUCACCUUCUUCAGGCUCUUCCGAGUUAUGCGUCUGGUAAAGCUACUGAGUCGCGGGGAAGGGAUCCGGACCCUACUCUGGACAUUCAUCAAGUCCUUCCAGGCUCUCCCUUAUGUGGCUCUACUCAUUGUUAUGCUGUUUUUUAUCUAUGCGGUGAUCGGUAUGCAGGUGUUUGGGAAGAUCGCGUUGAACGACACCUCGGAUAUCAACAGGAACAAUAACUUUCAGACCUUCCCACAAGCUGUGCUGCUGCUCUUCAGGUGUGCCACUGGGGAAGCCUGGCAGGAGAUCAUGCUGGCCUGUCUCCCCGACAAGAAGUGUGAACCCGAGUCUGGGACCAACCCCAACGGAGAAGACGACUACACCUGCGGCAGCAGCUUCGCUGUCUUCUACUUUAUCAGCUUCUACAUGCUCUGCGCCUUCCUGAUCAUCAAUCUGUUUGUCGCGGUCAUUAUGGAUAAUUUUGACUAUCUGACGCGGGAUUGGUCCAUAUUGGGCCCUCAUCAUUUGGAUGAAUUCAAACGGAUUUGGGCAGAGUAUGAUCCAGAGGCCAAGGGUCGAAUAAAGCACCUGGAUGUGGUGACCCUGCUGAGGCGGAUCCAGCCCCCCCUGGGCUUUGGAAAGCUGUGCCCGCACCGGGUGGCAUGUAAGCGCUUAGUCGCCAUGAAUAUGCCUCUGAACAGCGACGGAACGGUCAUGUUUAACGCUACUCUCUUCGCUUUGGUUCGGACCUCUCUAUGCAUUAAAACUGAUGGUAAUCUGGAACAGGCCAACGAAGAGCUCAGGGCCAUUAUUAAGAAGAUCUGGAAAAGAACCAGCAUGAAACUCCUGGACCAGGUGGUGCCCCCUGCUGGCGAUGACGAGGUGACCGUGGGAAAGUUCUACGCCACCUUCCUCAUUCAGGAAUAUUUUCGGAAAUUCAAGAAGCGCAAAGAGCAAGGUCUAGUGGGAAAACCUUCCCAGCGCAACACCCUUUCGCUGCAGGCUGGACUGCGGACUCUGCAUGACAUUGGGCCUGAGAUUCGCAGAGCUAUAUCUGGAGACCUGACUGCAGAGGAGGAGCUGGACAAGGCCAUGAAAGAGGCAGUGUCUGCCGCGUCUGAGGAUGACAUCUUCAGGAGGGCAGGCGGCUUGUUCGGAAACCACGUCAGCUACUACCAGAGCGAGGUGCGAAGUGCGUUCCCCCAAACGUUCACCACUCAGCGGCCUCUUCACAUCAACAAGACCUCCGGUGGGCCAGGUGACCUAGAUUCCCCUUCCCAUGAGAAACUGGUGGACUCCACGUUUACUCCCAGCAGCUACUCUUCCUCUGGGUCCAAUGCCAACAUAAACAACGCCAACAACACAGGCCUGGUACGUCUUCCCGCGCUGCUCGCUUACCAGAGCACCGUCAGCACCGUAGAAGGACAGAGCCGCCCAGUGCGCACUCACGGAUCCUGGAAACUCAGCUCCAAGAGCUCAGUGUCCAGGGACAGCCGCCUGCCUAUCAUCUGCCGGGAGGAGGCAUCGCAGGACGAGACAUACGAUGCCAGCGAGGAAGUGGAGUACAGCAGCGAGCCCAGCCUCCUCUGCUCUGACGUGUUUUCAGACCAAGAUGAGGAGAACCGGCAGCUGACCCCAUCCGAGGGAGAGGUGGAGAGAGGGCUUUGUCCGUCUCCCAAGAAAAGCUUCCUGCGCUCGGCCUCAUUAGGCAGGAGGGCGUCAUUCCAUUUGGAGUGUCUGAGGAGGUACCGAAACCAAGGCGGAGACACAUCACCCAAAGCAGUGCUGCCGCAAAUACAUCUGGUGCACCAUCAGGCUUUAGCGGUGGCCGGCCUCAGUCCACUACUGCGGAGGAGUCACUCGCCCACGGCCUUCUCACGCCUCUGCUCCACGCCGCCUGCCACGCCCUGCUCCAGAGGUUGGGCGCACCAAACUGUACCUGCACUGAGACUACAUGGGGACCCCAGGUCCAAAGACAACUUAAACAGCAGCUUCCCCUCUGUGCACUGCAGCGACUGCAGCCUCGGGCGAGACCGUCCAGCCUCCCUCACAGUUCCCUGCCACACGCCGGACCCGACGCGGCAGCACCACGGCAGUGCCAGCAGCUUAGUGGAAGCGGUACUGAUCUCAGAAGGUUUGGCGCAGUUCGCUCAGGACCCCCGCUUCCUGCAGGUUGCGACGCAUGAGCUGGCGGACGCCUGCGACAUGACGAUAGAGGAGAUGGAAUCUGCAGCUGACCGCUUCUUGAAUGGCAAUCCCAGCCCCAACGGGAAGCUCUCACCUUUCUCCAAACGCAGGGACCAGGGGCUGGACUGCGCAGGGGGUGGGUCGGAGGAGCCGGGACACUCACCGGGCUGCCUGAACAGCGACGGAGAGCAGGAGGACUGUGGAAUAUACGUGAGCAGCCCGUAGCCGGCAGACCUCAGAUGGACGAGAGCCGCGGUUACGCCAGUUGGCAGAGGGCGGAUGUUUUGGAGGAGAUUUUGUGCUCCUUGUUUCGGUUACUUUUUCUCUUUUUUUUUUUUGGUGUUCCUAAUGAGUUUGUUUCAGAAGUGCCUCACUGUUCUCGCAACCUGGAGUGACCAGAACAGCGUUUCUCAUUCAUUUUAGUUGGGGUG